UUUACAAAAUUGUGAACAUGUUGGUUCCGAUGAAGGCGGAAACAAUUAAAGUAGCGGAAAGUCUGAUACAGAUGACAGGCGUAAUAAAGGAAUUACGCUCCAUCAUCGCGAGAAAGGACAAGGAAAUUGAGGAGGCAAAGCAGUCCCAAAAAGCUAAAUAUGAGACAGCCAACUACGCUACAACUGGAGACGUGGGAACUCGCGGACAAUCUGACCAGAGAAAUUUCCCUACGUUUCCACUGGACACCGUCGCAUUCUGGAAACGAGAAAAACGACGCCGCGGAUCAACUUGCGAAGGCCGCCGUCACCGACCAGACGACUGCACCAAUUUACAAUUUGGCGCCCAGGGCACUCGUUAAGCGACGUCUACGUA